GCUCCGCGGCGGGGUGGGUCGGGGCGUUCGGCGCGCCCUUCAUUGAAGCGGCGGUGGCCGGGCUGGGCGCCGGGAGUGGGAAGCGACGGCGCGGCUGGAAAAUGCCAGUCCAUUCCCGAGGGGAUAAGAAGGAGACGAACCAUCACGAUGAGAUGGAGGUGGACUACGCCGAAAACGAGGGGAGCAGCUCCGAGGACGAAGACACCGAGAGCUCGUCGGUCUCCGAGGAUGGAGAUAGCUCAGAAAUGGAUGAUGAAGACUGUGAAAGAAGAAGAAUGGAAUGUUUAGAUGAAAUGUCCAAUCUUGAAAAACAGUUUACCGAUCUCAAGGAUCAACUUUAUAAAGAACGAUUAAGUCAGGUGGAUGCAAAACUACAAGAAGUCAUAGCUGGAAAAGCACCAGAAUAUUUGGAACCACUGGCAACUUUACAAGAAAAUAUGCAAAUUCGUACAAAGGUAGCAGGAAUCUAUAGAGAGCUCUGCUUAGAAUCUGUAAAGAACAAAUAUGAAUGUGAAAUUCAAGCUUCUCGCCAGCAUUGUGAGAGUGAAAAGCUUUUGUUAUAUGAUACAGUACAGAGUGAGCUAGAGGAGAAGAUAAGAAGGCUUGAAGAGGAUCGGCACAGCAUUGAUAUUACCUCAGAGCUGUGGAACGAUGAGCUUCAGUCAAGAAAAAAGAGGAAGGAUCCUUUCAGUCCUGACAAAAAGAAGCCAGUUGUUGUGUCAGGUCCGUAUAUAGUUUAUAUGUUACAAGAUCUUGAUAUUCUUGAAGACUGGACAACAAUAAGGAAGGCAAUGGCUACGCUUGGUCCACAUAGAGUGAAAACAGAACCACCUGUGAAACUGGAAAAACACCUGCACAGUGCUAGAUCCGAAGAGGGAAGGUUAUACUAUGACGGCGAAUGGUAUAUACGUGGACAGACAAUAUGUAUUGACAAAAAAGAUGAAUGUCCUACAAGUGCUGUAAUUACAACAAUUAACCAUGAUGAAGUUUGGUUUAAGAGGCCUGAUGGAAGCAAAUCUAAGCUUUACAUUUCACAGCUACAGAAAGGAAAAUACUCAAUUAAACAUUCGUAAUCAUGAUUUAAGUGUUAUCUAAAUCUACCUUAUUAGU